CUUGUUGUUUGUUUGAAUUCCCCAGGUGUGGUCUACCAUGCCUUUUCUCAGGAAGAGGCCAAAGAGUUCGACGUUCAGCUUCUGGGAGCCCAGCAGGCCGAGGCCUUCGUGAGGGCCUUCCUGAAGCGCAGCACGCCCCACAUGAGCCAGCAAGCCCGUGAGGACCAGCUGCAACGCAAGGCUGUGGUCCUGGAGUACUCCACUCGCCGGAAGCAAAAAGAGAAGAAAAAAAAAUCCAAAGGCCUCUCCGCCAGGCAGAGGAGGGAGCUGCGCCUCUUUGACAUUAAGCCAGAGCAGCAGAGGUACAGUCUUUUUCUCCCUCUACAUGAACUCUGGAAACAAUACAUCCGGGACCUGUGCGGUGGUCUCAAGCCAGACACGCAGCCACAGAUGAUUCAGGCCAAGCUGUUAAAGGCAGAUCUUCAUGGGGCUCUUGUUUCAGUCACAAAAUCCAAAUGCCCCUCCUAUGUGGGUGUUACAGGAAUCCUCCUACAGGAAACAAAGCACGUUUUCAAAAUCCUCACCAAAGAAGACCGCCUGAAAGUUGUCCCCAAGCUAAACUGUGUGUUCACAGUGGAAAUCGAUGGCUUCAUUUCCUACAUUUAUGGAAGCAAAUUCCGGCUUCGGUCAAGUGAGCGAUCUGCCAAGAAAUUCAAAGCAAAGGGGACAGUUGACCUGUGAGGUCUUUGCUGCGGAGACGAUUUUGACCCCAAGGUCAUUGAGAGAAAAGCCUGGCAGGAUAAGCACAGGUUGACCUGACUGGUGGCAUGAUUAGGUUUUUAUUUUGCAUCCUUUUCUGUGUCUCCUGAGUGUUCUGUGAUGAAUCCGCUGUUUAUGUAAUCAUAAAACAUAAACAAA